ACUCACACACAUACUCAUUUUCACGUGUGCAUGACUUGUUGGAGCGCAAGCGUAGACUUAAGAAAGAUUAAGCGUUUUAAAACACCCUAUUUGACUACGGCUGUGAUUGUUGGUGAAGUCAACUUAUUCGAACGUCCGUCCGAUCACCAAUCCCACAAGAUGAACGCUAUAUAUGUGACAGUGUCUAUUAUACCGUUGUUGUUGGUGCUCGCGGGAUUUAAUCACGCCCACGGACUGACCACGUUUGGGAAGUCGAAUAACAACCCCCAAAAUAAUCAACCGCAAACCACAGCCACCCAGAAACAAUGCACAAUACAGGCCAACUGCACCCUCAUAAAGGAUGCUACCUGCAUGAAGGGUUAUUGCCGAUGUGGUGACGAUCAAUUUCCAAUCAACGGUCAUUGCAUGGCCAAAUUUCAGGGACCGAACCACAUUUGCACUAAAGAUGACGAUUGUGUGGAAAACGCCGAUUGUAUCUUGGUCAAGGAAUUGAACUUAAACUCGUUCGUUUUCACCCCGGAUAUGAUGAUUUGCAGAUGUCAAGAGGGUUAUACCGAAUUUGGAGCGACCUGUGGAGGAGUAACCUUUCGAAUUGGAUCCCUGUCAGCGAUGUUUGUAACUAUUGCGGUUUUCUGGCUUAUUUAAGUAUUUUAUUAAAAAGGCAAUAUUAUUAGAAAUAAAAAUGUUAGAUUAUGCCACUGUGACAUAUUUGAAUAUUGUCGCUCACUAAGCUUCAUAUUUUAAUUAUGUAUCGUAGAAAAUAAUCUAUUUAUUACGCGCAUGAGGUUUGAAAACUUUAGUGAUUAAUAAAAAGUUUUACGUUAUCUAGUUGUAAAACAUAGGCAGAACAAGUUCGUCAAUCAAAAUUGUCUAUCGAAAUAUCGAUUCUUAUUUGUAACACAUAUUUAUUCACCAUUUUGCUUGGCGAUAUUUUGACAUUUCCUAGAUGUCCACGUAUACGAUUUUUCACACACGCGCAGGUAACAUAUAGUUAAUUAUGUAGCACCACGUACUCAAUGUUAUUAGCGAUUGAGUAAUUUUAUAUGUUUCAUUGGAAAUUACAUAUUAUUUAUAAAUAAACUUUACAAAACGAUCGA